AUGCGCCGCCGCCGCGCCACCUCGUCUGCCGGGGGAGGCGGCUUCUCCGGGGGCGGCGGGAGCAACAUGCUCCGCUUCUACACCGACGAGGCGCCGGGGCUCCGCCUCUCGCCCACCAUGGUGCUCGUCAUGUCGCUCUGCUUCAUCGGCUUCGUCACCGCCCUCCACAUCUUCGGCAAGCUCUACCGCUCCCGCACGGCCGCGGCCUCCGCGUGA